UGGAUACCCCAGUGAGCCACAGCGGUGGCAGGGAACCCCGGAACCAUGGGGUGCACGCGCGACGCCAUCCUGGAUGCGCUGGAGGACCUAACCACCGACGAGCUCAAGAAGUUCAAGCUGAAGCUGCUUUCAGUGCCCUUGCGCGAGGGCUAUGGGCGCAUCCCGCGGGGGGCACUGUUGCCCAUGGAUGCUGUGGACCUCACGGACAAGCUCGUCAGCUACUACCUGGAGGCGUAUGCCGCCGAGCUCACUGCCCUCUUGCUGCGCGACAUGGGCAUGCAGGAGACCGCGGAACGGCUGCAGAAAGCGAGCCAGGGUCCUGGAGCUGCACCAGCAGGGUUCAAGUCUCCUCCCCAGAUGGCAGCCAAGUCAGCACCGCACUUUAUGGACCAGCACAGGGAAGCCCUCAUUAAGCGGGUCACAGACGUGGAUGGGGUGCUGGAUGCCCUGUACCAGAAGGUCCUGACAGAGGAGCAGUACCAGGCAGUGCGGGCAGAGGCCACCAAUCCAGCGAAGAUGAGGAAGCUUUACAGCUUCGCUCCAGCCUGGAACCUGACCUGCAAAGAUCUGCUCCUUCAGGCCCUGAAGGACACUCAACCCUACUUGGUGGACGACCUGGAAAAGAGCUGAGGCAGCAACUGCAACUACCAUGGGUUGUAUAUGCUGGAUUUUUAUACACAGUAUAUU